AUGUUCGGUCCCUUUCGAAUCACGAACCCCCUCUCGGGCGGCCUGCUGUGGAAGAUUCCCUGGCGCCUGUCCAAGUUCCAGAAGCGGCGCCACCGCAUGCGCCUGCGCGCCGUCGACGGUGUCGUGGCCACGCUCGACGCGGCGCUGGCGAAGCAGGGGCAGACGCUCGAGGCGAUCGAGCGGUGGAAGGCGGAGAUGCCCAAGGAGGAGGAGAUGCUGCCCAAGGACAAGUACACCAUCUUUGACCGCAAGGCCAAGAAGUUCCGCAAGGGCAUUCACAAGGUCCCGAAGUGGACGAGAGUUUCGCAGAGAAUCAACCCGCCGGGUUAUUAA